UAGUCGUUUUCGUCGCAUCGGCUUAGUCGAUAGCAAACCAAAACCCCCGCCGCGGAUUCCAACGCGCGCUCGCGGAAACCUACGCUCGCCCUUCUCCUCUUACCUUUCCCCUACGAAACGCUCCCCGUUUUUAUUCCACUACCGUCGAGAUUGGGCGAUCGAAGAACAAAGCGUGCGAUCGUGGUGAUCCGAAUGACUGGCGGAUGGUCCGAUCAUCGUCGCUGUUGAAGAUCGUGAGCCCUUGCUGGAAGUGGGCGAGAUUUAGUCAUGACUCCUCCGCCCGAGCCGAAGGCCUCCUCUGGUACAAGGACCUCGGCAGCCACGCAGUGGGGGAGUUCUCCAUGGCGGUGGUCCAGGCGAAUAACCUCCUGGAGGACCGGAGCCAGAUUGAGUCUGGGCCGCUGGGCUGGAACAAGGCGGCGGCCGCGGAUGGCCCCCACGGCACGUUCGUAGGGGUCUACGACGGCCAUGGCGGCCCGGAGGCGUCGCGGUUCAUCACGGAGCAUCUGUUCCCUAACCUCAAAAAAUUUGCAUCAGAACAACCGGACAUGUCAGCAGAUGUAAUAAGGAAAGCAUUUUCAGCCACCGAAGAGGACUUCAUCUCUCUUGUGAGAAAGCAGUGGCUCAUCAAGCCGCAGGUUGCCUCUGUUGGUUCCUGUUGUUUGGUCGGUGUCAUAUCUAGUGGGAUGCUUUUUGUGGCAAAUGUUGGAGAUUCUCGAGUAGUGCUAGGGAGAUUUGAGGAAGGUAUUGGAGAGGUUACAGCAGUACAAAUGUGCACCGAGCACAAUGCAAGCUUUGAAUCCGUGAGGAAUGAGCUGCGGUCGUUGCAUCCUGAUGAUCCAAAUAUUGUGGUUUUGAAGAACAAGGUUUGGCGUGUCAAAGGCCUUAUACAGGUUUCAAGGUCUAUUGGAGAUGCUUAUCUGAAAAAUGCAGAGUUCAACCGUGAACCUCUAUUGUCAAGGUUUCGGCUGCCUGAACCCAUCGAAAAACCAAUCCUUAGUGCUGAGCCAUCAAUAGUGACACAUAAACUCUGUCCUGAAGAUCAAUUUUUGAUAUUCGCAUCAGAUGGUUUAUGGGAGCAUUUGACGAAUGAAGAGGCUGUGGAUAUGAUCCAUAACACACCUCGUAGUGGAAUAGCAAGGAGGCUUGUCAAAGCUGCAAUUCAAGAAGCAGCAAGGAAAAGAGAGAUGAGGUACUCUGACCUGGAAAAGAUGGAUCGUGGCACCAGGAGACAUUUCCAUGACGACAUUACUGUCAUUGUUCUAUUUCUAGACUCUGCCCUGAUAAAUAAGAACUUGUGCCAUAGUCCAAUACUUUCUCUUAAAGGAGCUGGUGUUCCUACCUAAGCAGAAUGUGAUCCGGGAUGUGAGUCAGAAUCUUCAUGUACUCAGCGACCUUGGAUCUUGCUAUUGGUAUCAUCAGACCAUGAGCAAAAUACAAGAAUCUGGUGUUUGAAGAGGUGUAUAGCAUCAUAGGAAGAGGAUUUUUUGAUC